AUGCCGAAGCCCGACCGGCGGCCAAGGUGCUGCCCCGCCCUGCCUUGCGAGAAGCUGGGGCAUCGGGACGCUCGGGAUCAGGUGCGCCGGGAGAUCACCUACGCGCUGCGCUCCCUCCCCUGGAUCAGCGUGCCCACCGUCGCCCUGUUCUUCGCCGAGGUGCGGGGCUACAGCAAGCUCUACGACAACAUUGAGGACUCCCCGUAUGGUAAGCCGUUCCCCUGCGCCCUCCGCUUCCUCCCCAACCGCUUCCACAAGCCCCACCACCUCUGGAAGAUCGCGACGCCCUUUGCCAGCCACGCCUUCCACCCUGUUGACGGCUUCAUGCAGAGCCUGCCCUACCACAUCUACCCCUUCCUCUUUCCCCUCCACAAAAUCACCUACUUGGGCCUCUACAUCUUCGUCAACGUCUGGACCAUCUCCAUUCAUGACGGUGACUACCGUGUCCCCUGCCUCCUGCGACACGUCAUCAAUGGAUCAGCCCACCACACUGACCACCACUUGUACUUCGACUACAACUAUGGGCAGUAUUUCACCCUCUGGGACAAGAUCGGCGGCUCCUACAAGAGCCCCACGGCCUUUGAGGGCAGGGGCCCCCACGACUACUUGCGCAAGCUCCGAGAGAAAGGCUCAGGGGCACCCAACGGCCCCCCAGCUGCCAAGACCGAGUAGGGUUCCCCCCGGCCUGGCCUGGCUCCCCCUCCGGGACAAGCUUCCCCAUUGGGAUCUCAUCCUG